AUGAAUAGCGAGCAACCGAUUAAAUAUCGCCCGCGAGGCCGACCACGAAAAGAAGUCGCCCAUUCGGCGCACGAUGCGCGAAGGGCUCGGGGACGGAGAGCCCAAAAGGCACUUCGGGAGCGGAGACAGCAGCAUGUUAAAGCGCUCGAAGAAAGAGUUACUGGCCUUGCAAAUAUAAUUGAAGAGAUGAACGCUUCUUUCGUGGCAUUUAUUGAUAAUACUUUUUUCGGAUCAACGGAUGUUAACCCUGCGCUGCUUAAACAUACCACGGAGAAAUUUCUAGGGUUGGCUCAAAGAGCGAAUAAUCUGGUAGAGGAUAAAGACGAAGCUCACAUGGAUCGUCAACAAGGAGUCGAUAUUAGCUACAACACUCUUCAACUAUCCCGAGUCGCGUCUAGUCCUAUGUCUAUCCUACCAAGUUCAAGUGGAAUGAUGGAUAUUUUAACCUCACUACAGCAGGUAUCCAAUACAAAUCCAUCUGCAACGUUACCGGAACUAGGACAUCAGCUCUCCUUGGAUCCCAACACUUCUAUCACUUCGACCACUAUCGAACCUGAGCUACCCGAUAUACGUCACAACCACCUUUGGGGUAUUCCCAAAGACCUUUCAACAGACGUGACGAGCGCUAUACCAUACAUCCUCGCCGGCCGUGAUAGCUUUUCUUCGUUCCUCUACUUUGAGACUAUGGCUAUGGUUGGGAAAGCCCUUCGGGGAGAGAUUCCCAUAGACAUCUUAAACAGCGUUCUUCGGUACAAAAGACGCUAUGCCACUUUCUCUCAGGUCUUAGAUGUUGUCACCGAGGUCAUGAACAUGUUGCUUCACGGAACAAGCCAGAGUCCCAAGGUAAAGAGUAGAGCUCUGGCCGAGCCAGAGGGAAGUUUACCAGAUCGGACACACGUGAAAAGUGCAAUAGCAAAGGAAAUCGCAUCUAUGGGCACCCCAGGGGUCGAAUACCUGAGCACUUGGGAGGUGGAGCGAUAUCUACAGGAUGAAUGGGGAUUGAUAAUCAAUUCCCAUUCUGUUCGAAUGUCGUCGCAUUCAUCGAUCCGAACGCGGCCACAUACAGCCUCGCUUUCUACACACCUGAAUAAUUUGCACCAGUUCACGCCACACAUUGUCCCAGGCUUUGCAAAUGAGCAUGAAAAAAUAUUGGAGGCGAGAAUCUUGAUUGAGAAAUUGAAAAUAGGCGCAAUAUCUCUUGGGGAAGGACCAAGAUGGCAUCUUUCUUUCAUUGAUCACGCCGUAAGAUCAUUCCUAACGGAGAUGAGCAUGAAUAGGUAG